ACACAAAAUUCUCCCCAUUCAAGCAAAGGCAACUUGAUUUUAUGAAUUUGCGCAGUAUAAUCAAAAUAAAUCUAUAAUUUUUCAAAUGCAAAAGCAUAUAUCCACCAUAUCCAUUGUCGUCCAGGAGAGAGCUAGAGCUAGCUUCAAUCCAGUUCCAGUAUAAGUUUGCUAAGGGAUGUUCAUUCACCAACAAUGACCGACAAAAUAAAAUAAAAUCAUUCCAUUUAAAAAAGAAGUGAACAAGUUUAUUUUUUAAGAUUCAUGUAGAUAAAAAAUGUCUACGAAAAAAAGUACAAAUAGUUUUUUUUUUACAACAAUUCUGUGGUGAAUAAAUAAAUAACUCAUCUUACGAAAUUCCAAUUCUAAAACGGAAAACUCAUUUGCUCUGCGAAGAAGUCUUAACUUAUUCCAUAACUCUUUUUUUUGUAUUACAAUAAUUCGAAAUAAGAAGGAAAACUCCUAAAAAAUGGCGUUGGCCAGUGGAUCCUUGCUAAAAGCUCAAACACCAUUGCAGCAAUUAUUGGAGGAUAUCAAUUUCCAGAGAACCAAGGAAAUGCGACAAUUGUUGAAAGACGAAUGUGGUUUUGUGGUUCUUCAAGGGACAACCUAUUGGACAGAUCUUUUCGUGCGGCAUUUUCUAUUUCAAUCCGAACCAGUUCAUAGUAUUGAUUCUGAUGACUUAUUAUUUUUCGUUAGAAAGAAGCAUGUAAAGAGCUCUUCCAGGCAUAUGCCCAAAUAUGAGACUGAAGUGGAUGUGUUUCGAAAGGAUUCACGUAAGCUUCCCAUUGGUGACCCAGAUGUCGAUUGGGAGGAGACAGUCUACUUAAAUAUGGUUAUACACCAAUUUGACUACACACUAACGCUGGCAAUUUGCACAAGAACAUCCCCCAAGGAAUUGCAAGUCCUACGAAGGCAUUCGCAACGCGUUUAUGCCUCGCCAAGUCGUAGAAAAAUGGACACAAAAGGUGAAGGCGAAGAGAUGACGUAUCCGCACAUUUGUUUCAUGGUCGACAAUUUCGAUGAGGUUUUUAGCGACAUCCUAGUGCGUGAUGGGGAAAUGGUUUGCGUCGAGUUAGUUGCUAAUGACAAAGAUGGUUCUGUACAAGGUGUUAUAUUUUUGGGUUCUAUUCGUUAUGAUGCCUUAAAAAAGGUCUACGAUGCAAGACAAUCGAGUUUAAGCUCGAAAGUUGCUCAAAGGAUGUCAUUCGGUCUGUUUAGUAGCGGAGCUGGCGUCCAGACACGUUGCGAAUUUGUUCGAAUGAAAGGUCCCCAAGGAAAGGGACACGCAGAAAUGGCAGUUACAAAACCUAAAGGGUCUGGUGUUGAAACACCCACCAGUGAACCAGGAUUUUGUGCCACCGAUAUGUGGGAGGAUUGGGACGAAGAUCCGGAUGAUUAUUAUAAUUAUCGGCAUCAGCGACGACUCAGUGAUCCGAGUGCAAAUCUAAAUAAUUUCUCACGCUAUGGAUGGCGCGCAAAAAAUACCACCGACACAACUGCCGGCUCAAAGGCACGUUCCGAAAACGAAGGUCUCGACUCAUUGGCUAGUGAAGUGUCUGAAAUCGAAGCUGGUGACUUGAGAGAUGAUCUUCGUCCUGCUUUCUCGGCAUCGGAGGCAAAAUUGAACGCAAUCGACAGCACCGCUAAAAAUGCUACCGCACCAACUGCAGCUCCAAGUAUCGCAGACAGUGUAACUUCUCCGACAACAGGUGGUUGUGUUAAUUGCUUUGGCCGGGGCUCACCAUGCAAGCGAUGGUCUGACACAGAUUCGGCGCAAAUGUCCGAAGUUUAUUGCCGAGCUUGUGAAGACGAAGCAGCGACGAAUUCUACCCCAGCCUGUCUCAAUAAUAUGCCCAACAAAAAGUCCAAACCCAAACACAAGACGAUCUUGAGUGUGGAGAGUGAAUUGGUUGUAGCCUCUUCAUCCUCGUCGUCUGAAGAUAAGUUGCGAUCAAAGAAGGACAUCAAAAAGAGUGCCAGUCCGACGAAGAAGGACAAAACCGGAAAGUGUGCCAAGGAGAGUCGAGCGGAGAAAGCCAAAUCGUGUGAUGUAUCACUCAAUGGUUCCAAUAACAAUUUGAAGCCACAGCAAGAGUAUGAAAUAGCCGAUGACGCAACGUCUCUUAAUGGCGAUAUAGGAACCGAAGCGGUACCAUCGUCGGGGAAAAUAGCAAUUCUAAGCGAAACGGAAAGCAAACUUAUGAUAAGCGUACGUGGAAAGGAGGAACUUCCUGUGGAACAAGCGCAAAAAUCCUAUUCAUUUAAAAAAUGUGCACCUGGACACGCCGACAGCCAUCCACUACAACAACCUAGCGAAGAUACAGACGAUGUUUUCACAUCUCCACCAACAGUGGCUCUAAAGAACUCUCCAAUACCUAAAGUCGAUGACGAUGAUGUCGACGGAGACAAUACCACUGAAAGUACUCCCAUGUUGAACAACAAUAGCCACAACGAUUGCAAUGGCAACAACGAAGGAUUGGGAAUUAAAACACUAACAACUGACUCCUCCACAACACGACCUCUAUCUCAAACAACAACCAAUCCAGGGCCAGUUGCUGAUGGAGAGACAAAAACCUCAACUCUACCCCGUGCAGGAGCAAAGAAAUCCUCGGUACAUCAGAAUUUCUAUAAUAAAGCUCUAAGGAUGGUGCCAAAGCGAAGGACACCCGAUGGAACUGAUAUUUAUUAUUGGUGUGAUUUGCCAAAAAAGGCGCUGAAAGAACUUGACGAUGGUGCAUAUAAUCCACUUUGGGCAACAAGGGGAUUUACACAAACUUUUCAUUUUUGGAAGGAAAAUCGAAGACAACAAUCGACACCGUUGAAUGCGUUUUUAACUUAUGUAACACUGCCAUGGUGGAGUAUUGCAAAAGAUCUUCUUGAUCACCGAGAGACGCCAAUACUGACAUUUUAGUAUUACAGAAAAUCAUCGAUAAACUCUUCAUCCACUAAGUUCAAGACUUUAUGUUUCUCUUUUUGAUUGUAUUUAAUAUUUUACGAGACAUUUUAAACAUAAACAUGUACGUUUAUUUACACUUUUGUUUCCGGUUUAUUUUUAUGAACUUUAUUUUGAAACCAAACUUUUAUGUUACUAUAUGAUAGUAUUAACAAUUUUAAUUGUGAUCUAAUUGGUAUUUUUAUUUAUUUUUAAUUUUAAAAAAGGACAUUUAUUUUGCUAUUGUUUUUUUUUUAAUUUAAUAUUUGGUGAUAUGGAUUUUUAUAAGAAUUUUAUAUUUCUUUUUUUAUGUUUAUUUAGCUCGAAAAUUUUAUUUAAAAAAUUAAUGGUACAAUAUUUAUAGAAAUUCAAUGAAUUUUUGAGAGUUAUAUGAGUACCAUGUCGUUUUUAAGGGUCAAAAACUCAAAUAAAGUUUAUUGUAUUUCUUAUCAAUAUAUAAAAGUAUGUACUACAAAACCUAUAAUAUGACAUCUUUGUAAAAACAAAAAUCAAUUCGAAUUAUGUAUGUUUGGUAUCCGACCCCAAGAAAUUUGCAUUGUCUAUUUAUUGUAUACAAACAAAAAUAAAUUAUAAUUUAGAAUAAAAAUAAAAUGAAAAAAUAAAAAAAAAUCUCAAAUUUGCAACAAAAAAACAAAAA